UACUAGCAUGUUAGCCUAGCAUGUUAGCUUGUCGUUGGUGUCGGUGGGAGGAUCUUGCUCGCCUUUCCCGUUUCUCAGCAUCUUCUCUGUACAAUUAGUGAAUACUGCAGCAGGAACUGUGUGUGUCACGAUCAAGAGGAAAGAGCAAGCGGGGAUUAAUAUUUGUAAUAACCUCCUAUCUGGCGAACGACAGAGAUGGCAGCCAUUCGGAAGAAGCUGGUGAUUGUCGGGGACGGCGCCUGUGGGAAAACGUGUCUUCUCAUUGUUUUUAGUAAAGACCAGUUUCCUGAAGUCUACGUCCCAACAGUGUUUGAGAACUACAUCGCUGAUAUCGAGGUUGACGGAAAACAGGUGGAGUUGGCGCUGUGGGACACUGCAGGCCAAGAGGACUACGACAGGUUGAGGCCUCUGUCCUACCCCGACACAGAUGUUAUUCUCAUGUGCUUUUCCAUCGACAGCCCUGACAGUUUAGAAAAUAUCCCUGAGAAGUGGACGCCUGAGGUGAAGCACUUCUGUCCCAAUGUUCCCAUCAUCCUGGUGGGGAACAAGAAGGACCUGAGGAACGAUGAGCACACACGGAGAGAGCUAGCCAAGAUGAAGCAGGAGCCGGUGAAGGCAGAAGAAGGCAGAGACAUGGCCGGCAGGAUCAAUGCUUUCGGCUACUUGGAGUGCUCUGCCAAGACAAAAGACGGUGUGCGGGAGGUGUUCGAGAUGGCCACCAGAGCGGCGCUGCAGGUCCGCAAGCGUAAGAAGAGAGGAGCCUGCACAUUGCUGUGAGCAGUUCAGACGCCAUCAAACAGCUGACCAGUAGGAGAAAAACAAAACGCAUGAAAAGAACUGACCUUCUACCAAAUGGCAUCUUUGUACUGUAUCCCGCAUUUCACGGUAACAGGCAGGCCAACAAACAUAAUACAGGAAAUGGACCCUGUCUAUAUUACAACCGUGAUUAGAUAUUGAUGUUUAAUGUUCUUGUUGAUUUGCAUUUUUUCUUUAUACAUAGAAUGUUUUCCUACUUGUUUUUCCUUAUAUUUGUAAGGUAAUGAGGCAGUGUAGAUGCACACGUUUGUAUGCAAUAUUGUUCUUCACGAGCUCGGAGAAGCAGCAUCAUCUUGUAGAAAGUCUCCCUGAGUAAGGUCUUGUCCAGAGAGUCCAGACUGUCCUGUUAGUAUCAGUUCUGUUUAUCGUGGUAACAGUCGUGAUAGAAGAUGAAAGUUGAUAUCUUUUGAUCAUAAGAGCUAGUGCCUUUUUUAAAGUUUGCACACCACCGUCUACUUCUCAUGUCUUUCGUUGUGAAACCUGAGCAGAGCCAUAACUUAGGCUUUCAGUGCUGUUGACAGUUUGUCAAAACAUAGCUUCUUGUGGCAUUUUUUUUUUUUUGUCAGCAUUUUCUCUGUGCCCUCCAUUUUCAGUCUGCUCACACUGAGGAUAAAGCAGCUGCUUCUGUGAUAAUGGUCAACAAAAGAGUGCACUGUAUAAGAGAAUCAGAUCUGAUUGUUCUCAUGCAUCCCUCUGAUCUGUGCAGUGGACCUAGAUGGGGGAUGAGAACUGGCCAAUCGAGACACAAGCCAAUAUGACUUAACUAUGCACAACAGCUGUUAGUAUCAACAAGAUGACACUGCUGAAAAAGAAAUCCAUAGGAAGGCCGAGACCUGGUGAAACCUCCCUUAUUUGUGUAUUAUGACUGAGGUGAGCUGGUCGCGCCCACUGUAGGAAUUUGUGUGUUGGACGGGUUAGCCCAGUCAUGGAAGUCAGGUCUUGUUGGACUACUGCGUGUGGAUGUGUCCAGUUGGACGACAUUCUUUACAUGUUUGAGAAGAGCCAUGUGAGGAGUGUGUUUUCACCCUGGUGCCUUCUCCGUUCUGGUGUGCCUUUUGUUGUUCUCUCCCAAACCAGAUAGACCAGCUGCUUGAUACUAACCUGAUCCUGUUGAGGUCAAGAUGACGACCAUCCUGACAUUUCAAAGCUCAGAUCGCUGAACAGUUUGAAAAGCAGAAAAAUGUCCCUGUGCUACGGUGUAUGCCCUCACAAUAUAAUGACUGAGACUGUAUUUGCUGCAUAGAUAGACUCAAUGUUAUUGAAUUAACAAGGAAUCAUGGGAAAACACUUGGCUGCAGCUAGAAAGAUGCUUGUUAAUGUUUUAGUUAUAUCUAUACAUCUUGGAUCUACAAUGAUCUUGCUCUUCAUUUCUUGGCAAAUGAAACCUUUGAGAGUUGACAUCUUAAGCCAAAGGAGCAGAAGAUCAGUGGUCUACACUGUAUUGUACUUAAAGGGGCUUUUGGAGACACAUCGGUGACUGUUCCCUGGUCCCAUUUUUCAGUGAUGUCCUCUCAAAAUUCCAAACUGUUACCUUGACCUGACGACUUGAUAUACAAAGCUUCAACGGCCCACCGACUCCCCAGGCACAGACUCCUCACUGCAUUCCUAUUCCCCACCUCUGUUGCUCUUUCAUGUAGUGCACAUAUCGCAUUGGUUGCAUAUUGUUGUCGGUAAAUAGGAGGGUGGAUGUUGAAAUGUGUGUGGCGAAACACUAAAUUUGAUGUUGCAUGGAACCUUCUUACAAUGCUAGGAAAGGCCAAGAACCUACCAGCUGACAAGGUCUGUUAUCUAUCAUGCAGCUUCCCCCCCCCACUAGCCAAGCACAUAUGCUUUAACUGAGAGUCAGUGGUCAAGCUAUAAUUUUUAAACUACUUGUAGAUGUGACGUUUUUGAUUAUAAUCAGAAGCACCAUAUAAAUGUUGUUACCUCAUAUCUUUGUAGGGCAGACGCUGUGAUAGCUCUGGACUAGCUGCGUGUUUGUGGACAACAAUAGGCACAGUAACAAGGCAAACACAUUCAGAUCCUUACUACUGAAGAUUUUUAUCAAUGAAAAACAAAAGCCUCGAGUUAUGUUUCAUAGCCGAGCCAUGAUGUUAAGGGGUCUCAGCAAGCUUAACGCUAAGGAAUUCUUGGGAAUUCAUGAAAAUAGUGGAAUAACAUGCAGCUGGAAGCACAACAUAUUGAAAGCAUUAGCUUAGAGCAGCAGAGGGUCGAGUGUGGAACAUAUCACAGAGAGCAUGUACUAUACUGCUGUUAAUGUGUAUGCAGAUAAUGUGCGAAAUCAAAAGUUGUCCUUAGGUCAAUGCAUGCAUGACAGAACCAUGGGUCUUCACAGUGUAUACACACACGCAGAGCACAUGUCUUUGGGAACAUCUGCUCAGUGUUGUGCAACUUUUUUUCUUUCUCUGGAAGUGUUUGAAAUUAGAAAUGAAUCAGAUUUAUAUAAAAGCUCAUUGUAAUAAUGCUUUGUAAACAGGAAAGUGUUGUCGUGAAUAAUUGAUCUGAAGUGAACAUGAACAUUGUUAAUAAACUAUUUUUGAGACUAGA